AUGAAGCACCGCGCCAACCAGCUUGCCAUAAUGAGGAUCGCCAUCGCCGGCGGCGGCGGUUUCGCACAGAUCCUGGCCCAGCAGAUAAGCCAGACGGCGCAUGCAUUGCUUGUCCUGUCCCGCAGGCCGCACCCCGAGCUCGAGGACUUCUGCCCCGGCUGCCAAGUUGCCAUCGUCGACUAUGACGAUGUUGAGAACCUGCGAUACACGCUGCAGGGCGUUGACCUGGUCAUCUCCACUAUCGCCGGCAACGAGCAGCUCAACCUCAUCGACGCCGCCCGCCGAGCCCGCGUCAGGAUGUUUGUCCCAUCCGAGUUUGAGGGGGAUCUCGGCCACCGGCCGGCAAACGAUCCUCUCGACCGCGGCUCCCAGUCUGCCCUCCAGCUCCUCGAGAGCUGGUCGCAGUCCAGAUCCCACAGGCUGCGCUAUACCGUCUUCUCCUGCGGCAUCUUCAUGGAGCGCUUCGGGCCCGGGGGCCUGCAGACGUACCAGAUCGGAGCCGGGUGCGGCAUCCAGGGACCCGACGACUAUCUCAUCAACAUCCAGGACGGGAGGGCAGAGAUCAUCCCGACCAACUCGGCUGGACGGCCUGCGCACGUCUCGCUGACCUCGGCGUACGACGUGGCCCAGUUUGUCACGGCGGCCAUCGAGAUGGGCCUCGACAACUGGCCCAAGGAGUUCCGGAUGAGAGGCGAUACCAUGACGGUGCAAGAGCUUGUCACGACGUGCUCCAACACCCUUGGAAUCCCUUUCAGCCUUGUCACUCGCCACUAUCAGGAGGUGGAAGCGCAGGCCGAGUCCUGCCUGCAGCGCGGGGACUGGGCACAGUGGUACUACUUCCAGAGGCUACUCCAGACCGCCAACGGCCGGUACCAUGUCCGCCAGCCCAACUUGAACGAGGCCACCCAGGUGCAACCUAUGCCGUUCAGAACGUGGCUGGAGAGUGUAUGGCCAUCAGGUGUCUGA